AUGCCGGGCAGCAGCGGCGUGACCGCCUUCGACGACCUGCCUGAGUGGCUCGUCCUCGACGAGAUCCUUGUCCGCUUGCCGCCCAAGGACGUACUCCGCUGCCGUGCCGUUCGCAAGUCGUGGCGCAGUGGCACAUCCACUCACGCGUUCAUCCUCGGACACCGCCGUCACCAGCCCUUGCUCCCCAUCAUCCAACACAAAUUGGGCAUAUGCCGCGUCGUCAGAGGCUCAAAUGAUCUAAAGAUACGGCCUGUCAUCCGGUAUGAUGACUCCUUUGAAAAGUUCCAUCUCCAAGCCGCCUGUGAUGGCCUCCUCAUCGUGUCGCAGCAAGCCAAUUUCUUCAUCUGCAAUCCAGCCACCCACAAGUGUGCUCCCCUGCCAUGUCCUCCACUACGGCCACACUUCAAUUUCAUCGACAUAGUCAGCUUCUACAGGCACCCCACAUCUGGAGAACACCGGAUACUCUGGGUGUUAUACACGAUACCCGUUAGGAUUCACGACGCAUUUCAGUUGCCUGAUUACUUUAUCCUCGCGGUGGGAUCGAGCCAGCCAAGAUGCAUCCAAUGGCCGACAGUUUCAAUACAAAAGUAUCUUCCUGCUACCCCGUCUGCCGACUGUCCGCCAGUCCACCAUCGCCGUAGCCUACACUGGCUAAUGGGCCUCAACAUAAUAGUAUUUGACACCGUAGCCGAGACAUUCCGGCAGAUGAGCCGCCCAACGCAGUUUGGCGAUAUGGUGUCAUUGUUGGAUAUGGGCGGCGCCCUUGCUUUGUGCCACACCGCCCCUGACUGUGCCACAUUAGAUGUUUGGGUGUUGCAGGACUAUGAUGCUGGGACCUGGGGUUUUCGCUUCCGGGUUGACCUGUUAGGGAUGGAGGCAUCACCACCGGUUCAUUGGAUUUUCCAAUCUAUCCCUAGGAUGGUUCUGAUCAAUGAGCGUGAGCUGUUGAUCCAGCGGCAUAUUCAUCAUCUGUUGCAUUGUGACAUUGAUGGUGUGUUUUUAGGUAAUGUGGAAAGCGAAGAGCGUUUAGCCUGCUGGACACUUACUCGGCAUUGCCUCCAAGAGAGCAUGAUUUCACUUCCGUUGUUUGAGAUGCAAGAAGAAGAAGCUGUGAACCAGGAGCCUCCAUUCUCCAUUGUGUUAUAA